AUGCACAAAUGUUUUCUUACAGAAAAGCCUGAUGUCACAAGUCAAAGAAAACUCAAAUCUCAGCUGAGGGAGCAAUUCACCCGGGUGUCUGAGGGGAUUGAUAAGCAGAAAACCUCUGCUCUUCUGAAUGAUAUCUUUACAAAUGUCUACAUCAUAGAGGGGCAGAGGGGAGAGGUCAAUGCUCAGCAUGAGGCCAGACAGGUUCAAGCAAAAUUCAAACCGGUAAAAGAAGAAAAGCCCAUUAAAUUUCACGACAUCUUCAAACCUGAAAGUGAAAAUAUACCCAUUAGAACUGUGUUGACAAUUGGAGUGGCAGGCAUUGGAAAAUCGUUUGCAUCAAUGAAGUACAUGCUGGACUGGGCUGAGGGUAGAGCCAAUGAAAACAUACAUUACAUAUUUCCUCUUCCUUUCCGGGAGUUGAAUUUGCAAAAAGACGGAGAGCACAGUCUCGAAGAACUUCUUCAUCAGUUCUUCCCUGCUAUGAAGGAAUCAGAAAUAAGCAACUAUGACAAGUACAAAAUUCUGAUCGUCCUGGAUGGCUUUGAUGAAUGUCGCCUUGACCUAAACUUCAGUCAAAGUAUGGAUUUGACUGAUGUGAAAAAGGAAACCUCAGUGAAUGAUCUGCUUGCAAACCUUAUCAAAGGAAACUUGCUUUCUGAAGCUCAGAUUUGGAUCACCUCCCGACCUGCAGCAUCCAGUAAUAUCCCUGCUGAUAAAGUUGACCGGGUUACUGAGGUGCGAGGAUUCAAUGAUGACCAGAAGGAGGAGUACUUCAGGAAGAGAUUCAAUGAUAAGGAUCUGGUUGAGAAAAUCUUGUCACAUGUCAAGAAAUCAAGGAGCCUUUAUAUCAUGUGUCACAUCCCAGUCUUCUGUUGGAUCACUUCAAAAGUUCUGGAGGACUUUGUGAAUCGAAACCAAGAAGAAGGCAUGCCCAAGACACUGACUGACAUGUAUGUUUGCUUUCUUUUGCUGCAAUGCAGACAGGCUAAUGUGAAAUAUGGUGAUGAGGAGACAAGUGAGAGUUCUGAAACAGAUUCAUGCUGGAAUACAAGGAACAAAGACACAAUCAUAUCUUUGGGAAAACUGGCCUUUGAGGAGCUAGAGAAAGGAAACCUUCUCUUCACUGAAGAAAACCUGACAGAGUGUGAUAUUGACAUAGAAAAAACUGCAGUGUUCUCUGGAUUAUUUACUCGGGUUACACGAGAAGGUUGUGGGCUGCACCAGAAGAAUUUUUUCUGUUUUGUCCAUCUGAGUGUUCAAGAGUUUCUGGCAGCUUUUUUUGUGUUUCAUGCCUUCAAUAACAAAGGUGAAAAUCUGCUCUCAAAACCCACCUCAGUGGUUGCAGACUUGCCUGCUUCUGACUUUUACAAGAAAGCAGUGGACAAGGCUCUAGAUAGUGAAAACGGAGACUGGGAUCUGUUUCUUCGCUUCCUGCUUGGUCUCUCUCUGGAAACGAAUCAAAAUCUACUGAAAGACCUGCUAAAAAAGACAGAACAUAACGCAGAGACCAACAAGGAAACAAUUGACUACAUCAAAGGGAAAAUUAGCCAGGAGAUCAAGGAUUCGGAUAAAAACCUCAAUCUUUUCCACUGUUUGAAUGAGCUGAAUGACCACUCUCUUGUUAAAGAAGUGAAAAAGUACCUGCUGUCAGAGACAAAGGCAUAUGAAAAUUUCUCCACCUCCCAGUGGUCAGCUCUGACUUUUGUGCUGCUUAUGUCCGAUGAGAAACUUGGUGUGUUUGAUCUGAAAAAGUACUUGAAAUCAGAAAAAGUUCUUCUGGGGAUGUUGCCAGUGGUCAAAGUCUCCAAAACUACCUUGCUGAGUUGGUGCGAGCUCUCUGAGGAGUCAUGCAAAGGUCUAACAUCCUCAGUCCUCACUUCCACGUCCUCUAAUCUCACAGAGCUGGACCUGAGUCAUAAUGACCUGAUGGAUUCAGGGGUGGAGCUACUUGCUGUAGGCCUAAAUAGUUUACACUGUAAACUAGAGAGUCUAAAGCUGUCGGGUUGUCAGGUGUCAGAGAAAGGCUGCUUGGCCCUCGCCUCAGCUCUGAAUUCCAACACAGCUUCCCACUUAAAAGAACUGGACCUCAGUUACAAUCAUCCAGGAGACGUUGGGUCGAAGAUGCUCGUUGCUGUGAAAAAUGAUCCAAAAAUGAAACUGAAGACAUUGUGUUUGGACCAUGGUGGAGCAAAUCGGUUAAAGCCAGGACUGAAGAAAUAUGCUGUAGAUUUGAAGUUUGAUGAAAACACAGCCAGCAAGCGACUUGUUCUUUCUGAAUCGAACAGGAAAGUAAGAACUGCAAAGACUGGGCAGGAGAGGGUUACACAACCUGAAAAUGAGAUGAGGUUUAAGAGGUCUCAGGUAUCUUGUGAGGAGGGCUUGAAGGGCCUUUGCUACUGGGAGGUGGAGUGGAAAGGGGAGCUUGGCAUUGCAGUGUCAUAUGAAGAAGUGUCUAGAAAAUGGGACAGCAGUGGUGGCCUAGGAUGCAACACGAUGUCCUGGAGUCUUCUCUGUUCAAAGGCUGGAUACACUGCCAGAAGUGGGAAAACAUCCACACCUAUAAAUGUGCCCCUUUGCCAAAAAAUAGCAGUGUUUCUGGAUUGGGAUGGUGGUAGUGUGAGUUAUUACAGUGUGACAUCAGGAAAGUUGAGCCUUAUACACACCUUCUCUGCCAAGUUCACAAAACCGCUCUUCCCAAGCUUCUGGUUCAAGAAGGGCUCUGUGACUUUGUGUGAGAUUGACUGAAGGACUGUGUGGUGGGAAGAGCUGAGGACCUGAUGCACUAUUUGGCAUUUAAGUUUGUAAAAGCGUCACUGCAUCAUUUCAAUUCUUCAACAAUAAUAUGCCAUGUUGUUUUUGUUCAGUUGUUCAUACUGAAAGUCAGUAUGACCAUUGCAAAGGAAGAAAGUUCACAUUGUGAGGAAUGAAAAAAACAGAAGUAGCAAUUGUUUAAAACUGCUUUUAUGGAAAACGUUUACAUUGUCACAUUCCAUGUUUUCUUAUAAUGAUCAUUGUGUUUACACAUUUUAAAUUUUUGAGGUACAUCAUAGGGCAACUAUUCACAUAGAAUUGCCUAUGGGUGGUUAUUUUGUAACAAGCAGCUAAGGUAAAUAUGGAGAAGCAGCUUUUAGUUUUUAUGCUCCGCAGAUCUGGAAUGAAUUUCCAGAGCACCUUAGGUCUGCCCCAACUUGCUUUUCCAGAGGCCACUUAAAGAUUUUACACUUUUCUACAUCUUCUUUUUUAAAAUGUUUUAAAUCUACUGUGUAUGAUUGUCUGUUUUGUUUCUUCUAUUUUAUAAAUGUUCUAUAUUUUAUAAGUCUUGUAUGUUGAUAUAAAGCCCUUUGAAUUUCGAUUGUGUCCCAAA